AUGGCCAUCGCCGGAGAGUCUCAGGUCCGCACGGUGAUGCCAGAGAGCAGUGUCGAUACCAAUCGAUGGUGGCAGUCUCGCAACCUUCGUCAGCUGAAUCUGCUUCUCAUCAUCCCCAUGCUUUCCAUCUUUACCCAAGGGUUUGACGGAAGCAUGAUGAAUGGAUUGCAAUCCGUCGAGCCGUGGCGAGAAUAUUUCGGCGAACCCAAGGGCUCAACGCUGGGUUUGUUCAAUGCUGCGUAUCCGAUGGGUGGCAUCGUCGCCAUCCCCUUUCUCUCCUUCGUCAGCGACACCUUUGGUCGACGAUCCGCCUUGGGACUAGGCGCCUCGGUCUGCGUGAUUGGUGCUUCUCUCCAGGCCGCAGCCCAGAAUCUUCCCAUGUUUGUCGUCUCGCGAGGCAUCCUCGGUUUCGGCGCCUGCUUUAUCGGUUCCUCUGGCGCUCCCUUGAUUACUGAGCUCGCUCACCCUGCCCACCGAGCUACGGCCACUGCUCUGUUCAACACUUCCUAUUCUUUGGGCUCUAUCGUUGCGGCCUGGGUCACCUUUGGUACUUUUCGAAUCGAAUCGAGUGCCGCCUGGCGCAUUCCAUCCGGAAUCCAAGGCCUACCAUCUGUCAUCCAACUCCUCGGCUUGUGGUUCGUCCCCGAGAGCCCGCGUUGGCUCAUGUCAAAGGAUAGAAAUGAAGAAGCCCUCCAUACUCUCGCCAAGUACCACGCUGAGGGAAACCCUGAUGACGCUCUCGUUCAAUUCGAAUAUAAUGAGAUUCUGAACGCCCUCGCCUACGAGAGAAGCAUUGAUCGUCAUAGCUGGAUCCAGAAUUACCUCGAGUUUGUUCGCACAAAGGGUAACCGCAGACGUCUCUUCAUCCUUUUUUGGUGCGCAUGCAUCAGUCAGAUGUCUGGAAACGCCUUCAUUUCUUACUAUCUCGCCCCUGUCCUUGCAUCCGUAGGCCUCACCACCAGUCUCGAACAAACCCUCAUCAAUGCCACGCAACAGAUGCUUUCUUGGUUCUCUGCAUUGUAUUUCGCCACGCUUCCCCAGAAGCUGGGCCGCCGUACUCUGUUUCUGGCUUCCCUCUCGGCUAUCUUCAUCUGCCUCAUCAGUAUCACCACCGGAAGCGCUGUAUUCGCCAACGACCAAACCAAUAAGGCUGCCGGCGGAGCCGUUGUUGCCUUCCUCUACCUCUUCUCCCCUUCGUAUAACCUGGGUCUCAACGGAAACUUGGGUCUUUACAUCACCGAAAUUCUGCCUUUUAGUCUGCGUAUGAGAGGUCAGGCGCUUUACCAGCUGUUUGCGACUUGCUUCACCCUCCUCUCAACCUAUGCUAUCCCUGUUGGUCUAGACGAUCUGGCAUGGAAGAUGUACACCAUCUUUAUCCCCUGGGUUGUUAUCGAGCUGGUCGUUGUUUACUUUGUGUAUCCAGAGACCAAGGGGCCGUCGUUGGAGGAGAUUGCCAUUAUUUUCGACGGAGAAGAUGCUGAUGCAACUCCUGUGGGUGACAAGUUGGAUAUUGCCGAGCGUGCGGAGGUUGAGCACAAGAUGUAA